AUGUGUUUUCUUUCGGGUAAACGAUAUCAUCGUCGUGUCAAUGUCUACCGUAUACCCUCUUUUGGAGUUUUGCAAGCCCUGAGGCCAGCCGGGCCAGCUGCUCUUGACCUGAUCGGCUUUUUCGGGAAAGCGGCCCUAAAAAGCGGUGGGAGGGAAGAGUUUUGAGUUUAAAGCCGAUCGGAGGCUUGCGAUCGGGCCUUUUUCAGGCGCUUCGAUUAAAGGAAGGCAGGCUCGGCCGUUUUGCUCCAGCUUCCUUUUCUCGCCCGUUCCAUCAAAAAGGCACGGGGGCCAAGACAGUUGGGGGAAGGCUUUAAUGGAAACAGCUGUGCGGUUUCUUUCACGAACUGAUACCCAACAAGUCCGGGCCAUAAUCCUCGGACGAAUGGGGGAGGCCGCGAUCGCCUUUUUAUGUCCCACGGGCCAGGUAGCAGUUUAUCGUGGCGUCUUAAAAGGGAUACACUUCGCUUAAAAGGAGCCGGCUUCGUCUCCUUUCACUGGAGCGACUUUUUUGAUCAGGCCCAAUGCAAAUAUGUCUUUGGCCACCGGGGGGCUUGAAGAGCUGAAGGGGGCUUACCUUCGGCUGCAUGUUUUUGCGAGGCUCGAGAGUGCGCGGGAGUCGAGGGACUCGAAUCGGACGAAGAAGAAUGUUCAGAUCAAGGAGGAACUGAUUCGGAAGGACUGA